AUGAAGCUGCUCACCCACAACCUGCUGAGUUUGCCUGUGCAGGGAAUUGGGGCCUGUGGCUUCGCCCUGUGCCUCCAGACCACUGAAGUCCGCAUUAACCCUGUGGAGUCCAACCCCGACUUUGUGGCGGGAAUGAUACCUAAAGUGGAGUGGGCAGUGCUUCUGGAGGCUUCAGACACCUUGCAUCUCUUCAAGGUGCCCAAAAAGCCAAUUCAAGGACAUGAACAUAAGGAGAAUUUUCUGAGAAAUAUGCACCAUGUGCUGCUAGAGGUGGAUGUGUUGGAGGGCAUCCUGCAAUGCCCAGAGUCUGGAUUUCUAUUCUCCAUCAGACGUGGGAUCCCCAAAAUGUUGCUGAGUGAUGAGGUAGCCUAG